UAUUCAUCAAAAACCCUCCAAUAUGGUGGUAAUUUUUUCCUUUCUAAAGCCCAGCAGAUAAGGACCGUCUUGGCGGGCAAUCUCCUCACUUCGACACAGUAGCUCUCUGCAAAAACCCAUGUAGAAGGAACUGUUUUAUACACAAACCUUUUGUUUGUUUGUUUGUUUUUUUCCCUUUGUUUUGGAAGGAGGGUCAUUGCAAACCUUAAAGGCUCUUUUUCCGUGCUAUGUCAUAGUCUGGUUGCUCUAAAUUUAUGGCAUAUUUGCAGUCUUUGCAUUCCCGAGUCCAUUCCUUUUGGAGAAAUUUUAAUUGCUUUGGUAAAGACUUCACAAGGCCUCAUAGAGUUGGAAACAAUUUGUCUUCUAUUAAGAGACUUGAUCUAAUUCAUCUUUUAUCCUUUCAAUCCGUGAAGGGCUAUUGCAGUCUAUCUGCAGAUUCAAGUUCGACUCUUCCUGGAGUUGCUCACACAAAUGUUAACAGUAAUGUAGUUACUUCUAAAAGUGAACAAUCAUUGCACCAGGAGGCACACCUUCAGUCCGCGAAGUUUGAAGAUAGACCACCAAAUGCCAAUCCCCCAAAUGGCAGAGUAAUGCUUAUUGAUGGCACAUCAAUCAUUUAUAGGGCUUACUACAAGCUGUUGGCAAAGUUGCAUCAUGGUCAUCUAUCACAUGCUGAUGGCAAUGGAGAUUGGGUUUUAACUAUAUUUUCAGCUCUGUCUCUUAUCAUUGAUGUGCUGGAGUUCAUCCCAUCUCAUGUAGCGGUGGUGUUUGACCAUGAUGGAUUUCCAUUUGGUCAUGCUUCUAUUUCUUCAAAAGAAAAUUUCAUGGCAAAAGGCAUGAAUUUCCGUCAUACUCUAUAUCCAUCUUACAAGAACAACCGUCCCCCUACACCUGAUACCAUAGUUCAGGGGCUUCAAUAUUUGAAAGCAUCCAUCAAGGCUAUGUCCGUUAAAGUGAUUGAGGUACCUGGUGUAGAAGCUGAUGACGUGAUUGGAACAUUGGCUAUGAGGAGUGUUGAUGACGGGUACAAGGUACGAGUUGUUUCCCCAGAUAAAGAUUUCUUUCAGAUCCUCUCCCCCUCUUUACGUCUUCUACGAAUAGCACCACGUGGAUUUGAUAUGGUUUCAUUUGGAAUGGAAGAUUUUGCUAAAAAAUAUGGAGUUUUGAAGCCUUCACAAUUCGUGGAUGUGAUAGCUCUUGUGGGUGAUGCUGCUGAUAAUAUUCCAGGAGUUGAAGGGAUUGGAAAUGUUCGUGCUGUGCAACUCAUCUCUUCCCCUAGCACAUUGGAGAACUUGUUGAAAUCUGUUGAUCAAUUGAAGGAGAUCUUAUUAGAGAGGUAGAAUUUACCUACCUUGAUAACUCAUGCUGAUCAAGCUAUCCUAAGCAAGAACCUGGCAUGGCUACGUUCUGAUCUUCCAUUCUACAUGGUACCAUUUACUACCAGUGAUCUCACUUUUAAAAAACCAGAGGACAAUGGGGAGAAAUUCAGAAGCCUCUUGACUGCCAUUGCGGCUUAUGCAGAAGGGUUCUCAGCUGAUCCAAUGAUAAGAAGAGCCAUGUAUUUGUGGAAGAAACUUGAAGGGGUGCGAUGAAUUGUCUCUAGGAUUCGGGCUCUUUGCUAGUAAAGCUUGUUUGGAAAUCAGAUAUUGUUGAAGCAGAGAGGAUAACAUGUAUAUUGAUUGAUUUUGGCACAGAAUAUAGUUCCUACACUGGCUACCAUUACUUGGACAUUUGAUAAUUUUCUAUAUAAAAGUUCUAAUGUAUCGGGUAAUGUAGCAUGUCCAAAGAGUUAACACCGUUGAAUAAAGAUUAGAGAAGUUUCGUUAAUAAUAGAAAUUC